UCUACUUGAGUAUAAAAGAUUCUCAAUUUCUCUCUCUUCUGAUUAUUUCUGCCAUAGAGAAAGAAAGACAGAGAGAAGCAGUGGCUCUUUCAUUCUCAGUGGGCGCUCCCCUGCUUCACAGCAGUGUGCCGUCACCCUGGAACGUGAAUCGCACCAAUCCAGCCUACUAUAAGAAAUGGGAGAAGAGGUCAGGCUCGAGCAACAGCAGCAACAACAACAGAAGCAAAAGCUCGUCAGGUGCUGCAGGAGGAUCGAAGUUCAGUGACGAUUUUUAUCUCGAAGAAGAAGACUACGAGGAGAGAGAAGGAGCAGAAGCUGAAGGAAGGGAGCCAACAACUGCGAUAAAACUGCACCGGCUUCUACCGAACAAGUUCACGACGACGACUGUUAGGAUGGACGGAAAAGGCGGAAGGUGCUGGUGGUGCUUCCGCGCGGUCAAGUGGAUACCCGUGCUCUUCAUACUCUCCGUCGUCUUUUGGUCGUAUUAUGCCUACGUGGUGCCGCUAUGCAUUUAUACCAUCGAAAACAUUGUUCUCAGAGUUUUCUAUUUGGUUUUCUUUCAUAUAUUGUUUUUCCUAUUUAUAUGGUCUUAUUGGCAGACCAUAGCCACGGAUUUAGCAAAGGUUCCAGACAAGUUUAAACUUCCCGUUGGAGAGAUGGAAAAACUGUUGCAAGCAGAGAGCGAAGAUGCUCGCAGGCAAGUCCUAGAAAGAUUUGCUCAAGACUUGCCAAUCACCAACUGGACAAUAACAGGAAAAAUUAGAUUUUGCGAAGUGUGUCAAUUGGUUAAACCAGAUAGAGCACACCAUUGCAGCGUUUGUGGCACAUGUGUUCUCAAAAUGGACCAUCACUGUCCCUGGGUGAAUAAUUGCGUAGGCUUCCACAAUUACAAGUUCUUCAUGUUAUUUUUGGCUUAUGCUCUUCUGUACUGUAUUUUUAUUGUUGCAACGACAUUGCAAUAUUUUAUACAAUUUUGGAAGGGUGAACUAGGAGAAAUGGGUAAAAUUCACCUUGUCAUCUUGUUUUUUAUCGCACUCAUGUUUGCGAUCAGUCUUAAUUUUCUCUUCUUCUACCAUUGCUACCUUAUCUGGCACAACAGAUCGACAUUGGAGGCAUUUCACCCUCCUAUGUUCCGCACUGGAAAAGAUAAGUAUGGAUUCAGCCUUGGAAGAUACAAUAACUUCCAAGAAGUUUUUGGUGACAAUAGUCGACUAUGGUUCCUACCUGUUUUCACUAGUCUUGGGAACGGAGUGGUCUUUCCGGUACGCUCGCAGCCUCAAGGUUCCAAUACGUACAACUCGAUGGGAAGUACCGAUAACAGCUUCGGCGACGGCGUGACGUUCCCGGAGCGCCAGUUCGACGAGGACCGGCACACGCUCCUAGGGGUGGAGACGCAGCGUUGGAGCGGGGGCUCACCACCGGGGAACAAUAACGCCGGCGACGAGACCGAGCUCGACUCGCCCUCCCACGUGGCCCGCGGCAUACGCUCAGCACUGCUGUCAUAGGUCCCCAAAUGAAAACGAACGAGCCGCUCAUCGAACCCGCCAAUGUGGUCUGAUCCGUCUUCUCCUGCAUGCAGAUACAUUGUAUACUACAUGUACAUAAAAAACAUACUACGUCAACAAAGAUCAACUUCAAAGAUGGAAAAGUGUAAUACUUUUAUGUUAAACAAAAAACAAACUCUUUGUAUAGGAGACUACGAUGUGUUGUGCGUACAAGUAAAAAAAAAGCAAGGGAAAAACUCAAAUGCUCUAACUUUCUCAUGGCUUUUUUCUUUUUUUCUUCGACCAAGUUCAAUGUACUUUUUUCUUUUUCCUUUUUUUUCGAAUGUGCUAGAAAUAAUUAUGUCGAUUUGACGCCUUUCUUCAGGGCUUUCUCCAAUAGUUGUUCAAAUCAACAAAAUGAUGAAUAAUGCAUUUCUAUCCGUUUAAAAAAAUUAUUUCGCUUUUAUCAAAGCUACUUUAUUUUUGCUCGUAUGUAGUUUUUUUUUUUUUUUUUUUUUUUUUUUCUAUCAUUUUCGCUACUUAGAUUCUUCAGAUAAGUUUUCUUAAUGCUUGUUAAUUUAACUUUAUUUAGCGUAUUUUCAUUGAAAGUUUGAUUUUAUUAAUUCGUGAAGUUGAUAACUGUAUCCAUUGUUAUCAUUCACUUAUUAAUAUCAUUCGUGAUUUCACUUAAAAAUCAAUUUAACAUCAUAAUUUAUGAUGAUGAUGAUGAUGAUGAUGAUGAUGAUGAUGAUGAUGAUGA